UUUGUUUUCCCUCCAUUUCCGACUCCCCUAAAUCUUCAUCCUAUAAAACCAUUUCAUCUUCUCCAUUCCUCAACUCUCUCUUUCUCUCUGCGUAUUCUUUGCCGAUUCAGUUGAAAUGCACAAAAGCACCACUUCUGCGUCGAAUACUAUUGCUGCUGCGACUACUAUGUCAUCGUCGUCGCAGCUCAAGUCGCAGCUUCAAGCAAACGAUGUUUAUGCUUCCCUCUAUAAUUCACCAAUCUUUGCUCCAAAGCAAUCCGUGCCGGUAUCUCUUCCAUUGACUCUCUAUGGUGACUCGACUCACGCGGAUUCAAUCUCCUCUUCAAAAUCGAUAAGCAACCACCUCUAUCAAACCCGCGUGGUACAAGAUCACCAGGAAAUGGUCAAUCGCCAUAGUCUCUGCCUUACUCAUCUUCGGGAAGCAACCGAAGAAGCUGAUGCUCUUCGACAAGAGAAUAUCCACCUCAGAACUAUUAAUCACGAGCUUAGCAAACACCUCAGCCUCCUGAUCCACGCUUCGGUUCAGAAACAGUAUGGCUCCUCUGAUCAAGCUCCUCCGUUUAAUUUUAUGGAAGGAUUCCGCGGACUCAGUGUAGCAGAGAAGGGAGCAAGCAGUUCGGCAUGGGAUGAUAUUUCCGAUGAGAGUCCGACGAGCGUAAUGGAGGGUGGAAGAGUAGAGGGCGUUGAGGUGGAGAGGUUUUCGCUCCCUAAGAGCAUCUCCGUGAGGUCUAAUGGAUACUUGAAGAUGGCACAAGCCGGCACCAGCCACGGCGGAAAGGUCCGCGCCUCAUCUCGGCCCAGAACUGCAAGUCCCGUCAAAGUUACGCAGAAGGUGUAUGUGCAAGGAGUGAAAGAAGAGGAAAAGCCACUGGAACUGGAGGUGUACAACCAGGGCAUGUUCAAAACCGAGCUCUGCAACAAAUGGCAGGAAACAGGCAGCUGCCCCUAUGGAGACCAUUGCCAAUUCGCCCAUGGAAUAGAGGAGCUCCGCCCUGUGAUCCGCCACCCUCGCUACAAGACAGAGGUCUGCCGGAUGGUCCUCGCCGGAGUCGUCUGCCCUUACGGUCACCGCUGCCACUUUCGCCAUGCACUCACUGACCAGGAAAGGCUCAUGGGAACACUCAAGCCCACCUGCAGAACCACCACCCCUAAGCUCGACAGGUGAAUAUUAUUUUACCAAACUGAUCCUUAAUAUUCAACAUAUAAAACCAAUGAUAUAAGUCAUACACAGUGAUUUGUUUGUUUGUUGUAAGCCUCAAAUGAGAGCGGUAAAUAAUAUCCCAUAUAAGUAUAAAACACAAAGUAGGAACAUAUAUUCAAAUCAUUAGAGACCAGUUAGUUUGUUCUGGGUAGAUAUUGAGGCCACAAUGAUGGAGAUACCGAGAUAAAAAAGGAGAAAUAUAGGAAGAAAGAGUCAUGCCCUUUUGCUAUGCUGUUGAUCCUUUUUGUUCUUCCAAACUCCAAGUUUUUGAAACUCUGAUAGCCUGUGCCUUAAGCAGAGCAAACUAUGUGUAAAGGCUGAGGAUACCUGUUUUUUUGUGGAUACUGUUGAUUUGA